UACCGUUUCAGUGAGUGACAAGCAAUCGCUUUAGGUGAGAUGUUGCAUGAUGUUGCUGGUGGUGUAAUUUUCGUCGUAAACAAUGUGAUGUUUCCAAGAUCACACAUAAUGAAGAAACCAUUUUUGUCAUCAAACAAAAAUGGUGGAAGCGUCGGAAACAUUCAAUUUUACCAACAACGACUUCUUUUUGUACCAUCAUGAACACCGUUCCGCCAAUUUCGACUUCAAAAGAAAAAACGCGGGUGGCAAGUCCGAAAGGCGUCACGACGUUAAUGUAUGCCUGCCAACAAGGUGACGUCGAAAAAGUGCGCCGGAUUUUGCGUGUUCAGCCGGAAACGAUUUCAAAAGUAGAUAGAUCGGGUAAAACAGCCCUACAUUAUUGUUGCACGAGUGAUAAUAAAUGUGCAGCCCAAGCAGCUGAUCUUUUGGUGAUGGCCGCUCCUGAUCUUCUCGAUUCACGAGACGAAGAUGGAUUCACACCACUUCAUCUCGCCGUGAUCGCCGGAAAUAUGCCUUUGGUUACUUUCUUACUAGCCAAUAAUGCGGAUAUUAACGCUGUUGAUAGUGAAAAACACACCGUCGUUCAUUGGGCUACCGUAUGUGGCGAAACAGGGGCAUUAAGGGCGGUGUUAGCUGCAGGUGCUCCAGUUUCCACUCCCGACGUUCACGGAGGUUAUCCAUUACAUUACGCAGCGCAAAUGUGCGGUGGGGAUAAAGACUCGACUCUUGGUAUCCAAGUUCUCCAAGCGCUUCUUCAACACCGCGAAAUUAAAGUUGAUGUUGAAGAUGGCGAUGGAAGGCAACCUCUUUUAUGGGCUGCCAGUGCGGGAUCAACUAAAGCUGUGUUAGCUCUAAUUAGAGCUGGAUCUACGGUUAAUGCACCAGAUAAAGAUGGGUUAACAGCGCUUCAUUGCGCUGCUUCUCGUGGGCAUACAGAUUGUAUUGAUACUCUGUUAACUCUUUGUGGGAUGUCUCCGGAUGUUAUUGAUAGUAAUGGGUGUACUGCCCUUCAUUAUUCGGUUACUUUAGGCCAUGCGGAUGCUACAGCUCUUUUGUUAACUCAUGGUGCUGACCCAAAUCGGCAAGAUCGCAAAGGACGAAGCCCGGCACAUUGCGGUUGCGCUAAAGGGCAAUUCGAAACUGUUAAGAUGAUUGGAAGUCAUGGUGCUAAUUUAUGGUUAAGAAACGCGAGAGGUGAUUUUCCUUUGCAUGAAGCCGCUGCGUCUGGAAGAAGGGAUUUGGUGAAGUGGUUGUUGGAAGCUAGGCCUAGUCAAGUUAAUGCUAGAAAUAAUGAUGGAAGGUGCCCUUUGCAUUUAGCGGCGUUGAAUGAUAAUUCGGAUAUGUGUAAAAUUUUAUUAGAUGCUGGUGCUCAAAUUAACCCGGUUUUGCGGACGUCAAAAAAUAAUUUUAUGACCCCUUUAGAUUGUGCCCUCCAAAGAGGGUUUCGAUCAACAGCGAAGUAUCUCCAAGUUCAUGGGGGUGUCCCCUCGAUUAGAUUAAGCACCUCAAAGAUGAAGCUCCCUAAUGGAACCGCAAAUGUUCAUAUUCGGGAAGAAGUAACGUUUGGGGAAACCACCGAUAGCGAGCGGGAAGGCGAAGAAAAGGAGGAACACGUCAAAAAAAGACAUCGUAAAAAGUUGAGUUAUAAAUACGAAAAGAAGAAGACGUUUUCAAGCAGUAAAGAGGACGAAGAUCAAGAGAUUAAAGCGUCUUCUUCGGAUUUGAAGCGAGAGAAAAGUGCUAAAAGGAAAAGUUCAGGUGAGAAACAAAGCGGUAAUGAUAGAAAAUUUAAAGAAAAUGUUACCUACAGUAGCGAAGUUAAGAUUACCAACAAUUAUGGGGGAAUUAACAUUGAAAAAAAUGGAGAAAUUAUUAUAAGUGAUGGUUCUCCAAUUGUUACUACAAAGAAAUCCAAAACAAGUAAAGAAGUUGAUGAUGCAAGAUUACCAGAAAUCGUUAAAGAACCAAUUCAAAUUCACAACGAUACCAACAACAAUAACCAAACUAAACCUAAUGAAAGUACCCCAACAAAAACUUUAACAAUUAAUGAAAACAUCGAAGAAAUCAAAACAUUAGCCAACACAAUAGAAAAAACCGCCAAAAGCAUAACUGAAGAAGCGAUUCAAAUCCAAGAAAAAUUAGACGUAGAAGAUGCGACAAAAAUGAAACAACAAGAUCAAAUUUCUUAUACAAGCGCCGAUGAGAGUGAACAUAAAGAAUUAAUCGUCGAAGCCGCUGUUCAUCAUCCACCGAAAUCACCGUUAAUCGACAACGUUCGAUUGAAGGAAAUUGAAACCAAAAGAACUGAAGAACUUGAAGCUAAAAAACAAGAAUUGGAAAAACAGAAACAAGCACUUGAAGAACAAAAACUAGAAAUUAAAGAACAAAAGUUAGAAAUUGAGGGGCAAAAAGAAGAAUUGAAAGAACAGAAAGAAGAAUUGAAGGAGAAAAAAUUGGAAUUAAAAGAGCAAGAAGAAAUGUUGAAACAACAGGAGCGUGAAUUGGAACUUCUUAAAGAAGAAAUGGAGAAAGGAAAUAUUGAGGUUGAGAAAGAAGUUGAAGUUAAUAAAGAGAAAGAAAUGGCGAGUAUAGAAGAUGAGGCGCAGAAAGCAGAAACUGAAGAAUUUUAUGUGGAGAAGGAGAGUGUACAAGACGUAGAAGUGUCCUCAGAAAUAAAGCAAGGUGAUGAAGAAACAAACGAUGAGCAAAAAGGAGAUGGAAAUGAGGAGGGAAAGGGAGAAGAAAAUGGAGAAGAAAAAGAUGAUGAAAAAGAGGAAGAAUUAAAAGAAGAAGAAAAUGAAGAAGACGAGCAAGAAGGGCUCGAAAGUAAUGAAUUAAUUGAAAUAAGUAAUCAACAUACUGAAUUAGAAGCAUCAGAUACUGAAAAAGAAAAUAAAAUUGAUGAACAAAACGAUGAAAAACUUCAAGAUAUUGAAGUGGAAAAAAAUGAUGAAGCAGAUGUUGAUAACUCUGCCAUAAAAGAAGAAACAUCAGAUAUUUCAAUAAGUACAGCAGAUACAAUAAAAUUAGCUGAAAAAGUUUCUAUAUUAGAAAAUAUAGAACCAAAAGAAGCUUCAAAAGAUACGAUAGAUCAAAAUGACAAUCUACAAGAUGAUUUAUCAGCAAAAAUGGUUGAAGAAGUAAUAAAAGAUGAUAGUGCUAUAAAGAAAGAUGAAAAUGAUGAUGUUCAAAAAGAAACUGAAGGUGUUACUGCAGUUGGUAUGGAAUCUAAAGACAAAAAUGGAAAGCACAAAAAGUUUUUGAAGGAAAAGAAGCAAAGGAAAGUAUCAGAAACACCGAGAACUACCCCGAAAGAAAAAACUAAACCAUUAGAUAGUGUGCGAGAUAAGAAAGUGAAAAGCGUUAAGAAAGAUAAACCGAAAGAUUCAACAAAAACCCGUAAAGAAGAAAUUUCGAAGAAGAUUCCAAAGAAAGCGAUCGAAAAAAUUUUAGAAGUAACAAAUCAAGAAUUGGAAGAAACAAAAACGGUUAAAAUACACAAAAAUGGCACGAAAUCGAUACCGAAAAGUAAACAAAUAAAAAAAAAUAAUAAAGAAUAUAGUGAAGAACAUUCAAGUGCUGAAGAAAGUACAUCUAGUGAUACAGAAAAAAGAAAACAUAAAAGUUUUACAGUUUUAGACGAAGUAAAAAUAGCCGAAGAUAAAAAGAAAACUAAAAUACCAAUUUUUAAUUUAAGAAAGGAUUUGUCAAAAAGUGAUCGUUAUUUAGAUCGAUGUGGUGAAAAUGAUUUGGAUAAAAUUUCAUUACCUAAUCUUCCCCGAGAAAACGGUUUAAAUCAAAUUCGAAAAAUUACUUCAGCUUACAGCGAUAACGAUCGAACACCAUCCGACAUCGAAGAUGGUACUCCAACCGCGAGACGAAGAAGGUUAAGGAAACGGAUGAACAGAGAUUCAAGAAGUGCAGGAAGUGAUUAUGAAAGUAGUAACUUAAUGGAUUCUGGUUUCGAACCGAGUCCAAGAAGUACUAAAAUUCCGCGUUGGAAAAAUAUGACAGAACGCGGGGUUAAUAUGUCGUCGGUUACUCAAACGAUACAAUCGAAUAUUCGCCGGUAUCAUUUGGAGAGGAAAAUUUUUCAACACCUCCUUGAAUUAAAACGACUUCAAAUCCGGUCGGGACAACAUAACGAAGCAGUUUUGGUUAAAAGGGCGAUUGAUGAGUAUCAUAAUUCUUGUGCGUCGACCGUUGGAGCUGGGAGAUACGUACCGGAGGAUUAUUCGUUUAAGAGUUUUGAAAAAUUUUUGUAUCUUGGAUUGAGGAAAUUACAAAAAAGCGAUAUGGAACAUUUAAGGGGGUUACCUGAAAUGCCCGACAAUCCGUUACUUUGUACUCAAAGUACACAUCGAUGUCUUCAUGCUACACAUGCUUAUACUGGAAUUCCAUGUGCAGCAUAUCUCCCAAAAAUGGAUCAUCAUACAAUUCCAAAAAUUGGUUAUUCUUGCAAACCGCAAGGAUUUUUGCCUCACAUCCAUCCGAAAAAAACGGUAACAUUGGAAUUGUUGCAUGGAAAUGACAAACAGGUGAUAUCACUGCCCACAGACCGUUUGGACCAAAAUAAGAGAUACUACGUUACUUUUACUGUUAAGGGACAAGAAACAACGUCUCCUAGUAGUGGUGUUCAAGGUAGAGAAGACCCCCAUAGACAUGCAAAAAGUGUGUGAAUCAUAUUUUUUAAUAUAAUGUGUAUAAUGUUUAUAUAAAAUAUAUAGAUAUCCCAAAAAUCGAUGUAAAUCUGUAUUGAAC